UUGGCCUCGCCGCUCUUCGCGCUCUCCGUGGCGCCGUACUUGCUGUUCCUGAAGAACAUCUGGGAGGUGCCGAGCGCGACGGACGAGAUGAGGGCGUCCUUCGCGACCCUGCUCCUGUUCGUGGUGGUUUCCAUCCCGGCCGAGGCGUACACCCAGGAGCAGUAUGGUACGGUGCUAUCCAACAUCGACGCUCUGCACUUCCUCAUCCAGGCGGCAAUCUCCCUCACGAACCUCCGCAUCAUGCUCGCGUUCAGG